AUGGAUAGAGAUAUGGAAAUGAAGCAAUCUAAAUUCAAUAGAAUUUGUGUGUUCUGUGGAAGCAGCCCAGGAAAGAAGGGAAGUUAUAAGGAUGCUGCUAUAGAGCUUGGGAAGGAACUGGUAUCAAGGAAAAUAGACCUGGUUUAUGGGGGAGGGAGCAUUGGUUUGAUGGGUUUGGUCUCUCAAGCUGUUUACAAUGGUGGUCGCCAUGUCAUCGGAGUUAUCCCCAAGACACUCAUGCCUAGAGAGAUAACUGGAGAAACAGUGGGAGAAGUAAAGGCCGUUGCAGGUAUGCACCAGAGAAAGGCAGAGAUGGCCAGACAUUCAGAUGCCUUUAUUGCCUUACCUGGUGGUUAUGGGACUCUUGAAGAGCUUCUUGAAGUGAUAGCUUGGGCUCAACUUGGCAUCCAUGAUAAACCGGUGGGAUUACUGAAUGUGGACGGGUACUACAACUCAUUGUUGUCAUUUAUAGACAAAGCAGUGGAGGAAGGUUUCGUAAGUCCGAGUGCACGCCAUAUCAUUGUAUCAGCCCCUACCGCGAGGGAUUUAGUCAAGAAAUUGGAGGACUACAUUCCAUGCCAUGAAAGAGCUGCUUCAAAGUUGAACUGGGAGAUGGAGCAAUUAGGCUAUCCCACAAAAUGUGAUAUCACAAGGUAAGGUCAUGUAUUGUUCGAGAGAGAGAGAGAGAGAGAGAGAAGAGGAUUGUGGCUUUGCAAGGAAGGGGAGAUUUUUGGAAGAACCCCUAAUUUUCCCAAGUGGGGGAGUUUGUUUCUCUUGAAAAUUUUUAACAGUUUUUGCUUUGUAUUUUCAAAGAUCAGUUUUAAGUUUCACAAUGCACCUUAAAUUUCUUUAAAUAGUAGUAAUAUCCC